AUGCCGCUCCCCAAGCACGAAUACCUCUCCUCCGUCUGGCAACCCGAGCUGUUCCGUGACAAGGUCGUCUUCUGCACCGGCGGGAACGGAUCGAUUUGUUCCGCGCAGGUGCGUGCCCUCGUGCAUCUGGGUGCCAAUGCCUGCAUCGUCGGGCGCAAUGUCGAGAAGACGAUCUCCGUGGCCAAGGAUCUGGAGACGGCGCGUGCGGGAAGCAAGGUCUUGGGCAUCGGCGGGGUGGACGUAAGAGAUGUGCAGAGCUUAAGCAAGGCAGUGGAGGAGUGCGUCAAGGUACUUGGGGGCAUUGAUUUCCUGAUUGCUGGCGCGGCGGGCAACUUCCUGGCCCCCCUCGCCCAACUCUCCACCAACGCUUUCAAGACCGUCAUGGACAUUGACAUCCUGGGCUCCUAUAACAUCACGAAGCUCUGCCUACCCCACCUCGUCGCGUCUGCUAAAAAGCACAACUCGUCGUCCUCUCUCCCGAAGUCAGAAUCUUCAGGCCCGGGCGGGCGAAUUAUCUACGUGUCGGCCACAAUCCACUACACCGGUCUGCCCAUGCAGACCCACGUCUCAGUUGCAAAAGCCGGUGUUGACGCUCUCUCUGCCAACGUGGCGAUAGAAUACGGCCCUCUCGGCAUUACCAGCAACAUUAUUGCCCCGGGUCCGAUUGCAGGCACGGAGGGAAUGGACCGGCUCUCCCAAGAACACAAGAGAGGAAAUGAUCCUACAGGACAACAGGUGGGACGCAGAAUCCCACUGGGGCGAUGGGGGAAAAUCAAGGAAAUCGCAGAUGCAACGGUAUAUCUGUUCAGUGACGCCGCAAAUUAUGUCACAGGAGACAGAUUGGUUGUUGACGGCGGCGCGUGGCACACCGGCGCCGGAUCGCCUGGAGGAGACUUUCAGUAUCCAGACUUCAUUCUGAGUGGAGCAGAGGUCACAGGUGUUGGCGGAUCGAAGAAAAAGGCGGGAGCGAAGCUGUAA